AUGGCACUUCUCGCCUGGCCUCUGCUGCUCUCGCUGUGGUCGUCGACCCUUGCGAAGAGACCACACAUCAUCUUCCAUGUGAUCGACGAUUUUGGUUGGGACGACCCUGGCUUUCGGAAUGGGAACCAGAUCCAGACGCCCACUCUGAACAUGUUCCACGAGAGGGGUGUGACCCUGGACCAGUACUACGUGCUUCCCUCUUGCUCGCCCAGCCGAGCGACCUUCAUGACAGGGCGCAUGCCGCUGCACACGGGCAUCAACAACUGGAUCCCGAACGAAGCAUACGGCCUUCCGCGGAACGAGACCACGCUGCCCUCGCUGUUGGGCGGACUGGGCUACAGGCGCCAUGCUGUCGGCAAGUGGCACUUGGGCUUCUUCAAGACCGAGUACACACCCACGUACAGAGGCUUCGAAUCCUUCUACGGAUACUACGAGGGCUCCGAGGACUACUUCCUCCAUGUGACCUCCGGUGGGUACGACCUGCAUCGGGAGCCAACGGAGCGUUGCGGCGCUGGCUGUACUCAGGUCGCUUGGGGGGAUGUUGGCCAGUACUCCACGAAGCUCUUCGCGGAGGAAGCCGUCCGCAUCAUCGAAGGUCACAAUGCCUCGGAGCCUUUGUUCCUCUACCAGGCAUGGCAAGGUGUGCACUCUCCUCGAGAGGCUCCGCCGGCUUACGUGAAGCCUUAUGAGCACACGAUCGAGGAUCCCGACCGGCGCACCUUUGCCGGGAUGGUGACGGCAGUGGACGAAGGCAUUGGCAAUGUCACCCGGGCUCUGGAAGCUAAAGGCAUGCUCUCCGAUGCCAUCAUCGUGGUGACCACGGACAAUGGCGGCCCUGUCCACGAGUGUGCUGGCAUAGGUGCUUCGAACUUCCCCCUGCGUGGAGGCAAGUGCUCCAUUUGGGAGGGAGGGACGCGUGGCACGGCCAUGGUCUAUGCGCCGGCGGUGAUGACGGAAGGCUUUACCUACUCCGGCUUGGUGCACGCUGCCGACUGGCUGCCCUCCUUGGUCGAAG